UCCCUCCGACUAGCGACGAAGCAUCAGUUGUGGGGCUUUUUGUUGGCAAACAAAGACGUGAGGAAAUGUGUUUUGCGAACAUUGACGCGAUGAGUUAAGUUAACGAGGAGCUGAAUUAAACUCGGCUCAGUUAUGAAAUGUAUUUCAAGUGUGAUGAGAGAAAGCCUGACCUCCCCCACCCCAGAUAAAGAUAGAGUUGGCUUGUUGUUAGCUGCCUCGGCUAAACAAACCCCGCGCUGAUCUUAUUAUAGCAGAAAGGGGGAGCCAGAGACUUACAGCAGACCGACAACCAACCUCUCAUCCCAACAACAGUCCCCUUAUUUUUUCUUCUUUGAAGUUACCCCAAGCUAAGGAUUGAGUGAGAUGUGAGGGAUGGUCAGUGUAUAAAUAUCUCUUUGGAACUCUGUGUGCUGUGCGUAAGACUUCUGUGCCCAGCCGUCAGUAUGAAUGGGGACAUGCCACAUGUGCCCAUCACAUCCCUUGCUGGGAUCGCUGGUCUCACUGACUUAUUGAACCAGCUGCCCCUGCCCUCCCCUUUACCGGGCACCACCACUAAGAGCCUGCUGUACAGCGGGCGUGUAGCUGAGGAAGUGGGCCACCUGAUGGGCUGCAGGGAUGAAACUCUGGUCUCUCAGCUCGCCAAUGCCCUCAGCCAGGUCUCCAUGGAGCACAUAGAGCUGAAGGACAACCUUGGCAGUGAUGAGUUGGAGGGAGAUGUACCAGUUCUGCUGCAGCUUUUGCUGUCUAGGAACCCCAACAUCUUCAGGAAUAAGACCGCGCCCAGCAUUCCCCAGUAUGCGGACCAGGCGGGUAUAAGUCAGCAGUCAAUGGCACCGCCGUAUAAAAUCACGCAUGGCUCCAUGCAGGGAAGUCCAGCUUCUGCCAAUUACCAGGCCUCUAUGUCCCACAGCCCCUCUGGGCGUUUUGUGCCGGGACAGUCUGGUUCUGGUGGACGGUUUUUGCCUCAGCAGAGCAGCCCAGUGCCCAGCCCUUAUGCCCCUCAGAGCCCUGCUACCAGCUACAGACAGUAUCCACACCCUCCAGCCUACAGUCAACACCAGCACCUACAGCAAGGUUCAGUAGCAAGCCCGAUGAUUCCAGGAGGCAUGAGAAAUGUUCACGAGAAUAAGGAUCAGAUGAGGGCGGGUUUCACGUCUCACAUACUGCAGUCAUCUCCACCUUACACUCCACCUUGCGAUGGGGCUCAAGAAUUGCAUCUGGGCUCCCCGGACAAGCAGCGCGGUCUGAAACCCAACGAGGGAGAGCGGGACUCGGCCGAUAAGGCUGCGGUGUAUGAUAUUGUGGGGUCGCCGACAAAAGACCCCACUAAGCUGAUCCUGAGGCAGUCACGGGCCAGGCCAGCAGAGGUGGAGCUUGGGGUAAUGUACCCUGGUUCGGACCCAGAAGGAGAACUUGUAGAGGCUCUUGCUGCAAUAGAAAGGAUGGAAAGUGAAGCGGCCAUGGAAACGGAGCGUGGUGCUAAAGAGGUUCAGGAUAAAGAUAAACCUUUGAAGAAGCGCAAACAGGACUCUCACCCUCAGGAGCCUGGCGCAGCUGGCACAGCCGGUUCAGGAUCUGGGGCUCCAGGUGGAGGAGGAGGGGCUAACGCAGGGCACAGGCUCGCCCCUCAGGAGGCCAGCGCCGCAGGCACCAGCGCCAGCCGCCCAGGCCUGCAAGUGAGCUUGGAGCAAGCGGGCAGAGCGGAGGACGCCUGCAUGGGCAUGCCCAUCCCAGCCAGCGAGGCUCAGCGCUGGCCUCAAGAGCCGCAGGAGGGCGUCACCCCGAAGGCCCUCAAACACAAGCAUGACCACGCUCCAGAACACCAGCAUCAGCCUGAUACCCCGCGACAGAAGCACAGACCAGAGGUUCGGCAUGGUGAUGCUGGCACACAGCGUGCAGCUCAGUCGGGGAGUAAACCAGUAGAGCUUCCUCCGUACAUGCUGGGUGAAAACACCAGUUCGGGAGUGCUUAAAAACUUCACCAUUCCCAAAAUCAGGAAAGAUCUCGGAGGAGGAGAUAUUCCAGAAGGCUGGAAGCAGCCAUGUGUGCGGCUGGAGAGACUGGAACCUGAGAUGGACAUGAAGAAGACUGUCAAGCCUGUGGUCGUUCUGCAGAAACUCUCCAUCGAUGAAGUGCAGAGGCUUAUGAGGGAGAGAGACUCGCGCGGCUCCAAGUCUGGCAAGAACAGGCUCUCCUCUGGGAGAUCUGGGAAAGGUGGAAUAGACCCGUCAGUGCUGAAGGAUCUUCCUCCUGAGCUGCUGGCAGAGAUAGAGUCCACCAUGCCUCUGUGUGAGCGGGUGAAGAUGAACAAACGCAAACGCAGCACUGUCAAUGAGAGGCCUAAAUAUGCGGAGGACAGCUCAGAGGAUGAGAAAUACUCAUCUCGUAAACGUCAGAAGAAGGAUCGUGAUAGAACGUGGGAGUUUGAGGAGCGCGAUCGGAGGAGUUCAGGAGAGCAUCGAAGAGGAAGCUACGACGCACGUAGAGGCUCAGGCAGCCGAUAUGACGAAUCUGACCAAGAUUCACCUCCUCCCAGCCUUAGUGACGUUGCAAGACGUUUGAAGACGAAGGAGAAACAGAAGAAGAGGAAAGCGUAUGAGCCCAAGUUAACACCUGAAGAAAUGAUGGACUCUUCCACUUUUAAGAGGUUCUCAUUGAGUAUUGACAACAUCUUGGAGAAUCUUGAGGAUAUGGACUUUAAUGCUCAGGAUGACGAUGAGAUCCCUCAGGAGCUGUUGUUGGGGAAACAGCAGCUAAGUGAAUUGGGUAGUGAAUCUGCUAAGAUAAAAGCCAUGGGCAUCACCUGCAGGAUUCCUUCUGAUAAACUGGUGAAACUGUUGAAUAUUCUGGAGAAGAACAUUCUGGAUGGAGCCAGUCUUUCUACACUCAUGAACCUUGAUAAUGAGGGAGAGGACGAGGAGCGUCUCUGGCGGGAUCUCAUCAUGGAGCGUGUAACCAAAUCAGCGGAUGCGUGUCUGACAGCACUGAACGUCAUGACAUCAUCACACAUGCCCAAAGCCGUGUACAUUGAGGACGUGAUAGAGAGAGUUCUGCAGUACACUAAGUUCCACCUGCAAAACACUCUUUACCCGCAGUAUGAUCCGGUCUACAGAAUUGACCCUAAAGGAGGUUCCUUGCUGAGCUCCAAAGCAAAGCGAGCCAAGUGCUCCACCGCCAAGCAGAGAGUCAUCAUCAUGCUCUAUAACAAAGUGUGUGACGUCGUCAGCAACAUCUCAGAGCUUCUGGAAAUUCAGCUGUUGACUGAUACAACAAUAUUGCAGGUCUCUUCGAUGGGCAUCACUCCGUUCUUUGUGGAGAAUGUCAGUGAGCUGCAGCUGUGCGCCAUAAAGCUGGUGACGGCGGUCUUCUCUCGUUACGAGAAGCAUAGACAGUUAAUUCUAGAGGAGAUUUUUACCUCUUUGGCCAGACUGCCCACCAGCAAACGCAGCCUCAGGAACUUCAGGUUGAACAGUAGUGAUGCUGAGGGGGAGCCCAUAUACAUUCAGAUGGUUAGUGCUCUGGUGCUGCAGCUAAUUCAGUGCGUGGUCCAUCUGCCCUCUGAGAAAGACUCUGAAGAUGAUCAUAAGAAGGUUGACGACGAUGUGUUCAUCACCAACUCGUAUGAAACAGCUAGACGGACGGCUCAGAACUUCCUCUCUGUCUUCCUCAAGAAGUGUGGCAGUAAACAGGCUGAGGAAGACUACAGGCCGCUGUUUGAGAAUUUUGUGCAGGAUCUGCUGUCUACGGUCAACAAACCCGAGUGGCCCGCUUCAGAAUUACUGCUGAGCCUGCUGGGCAGAUUACUGGUGCACCAAUUCAGUAACAAGCAGACAGAGAUGGCACUGAGAGUGGCAUCACUGGAUUAUCUAGGUACCGUAGCAGCCAGAUUGAGGAAAGAUUCUGUCACCAGCAGGAUGGACCAGAAAGCCAUUGACUGCAUCAUCAGAGAGAGCUCAGAGGGAGACGAGACUCAGCGGUUGCAGAAAGCCUUAUUGGGUUAUAUGGAUGAGAAUGCAGAAACAGACCCUGCCCUCACAUUUGCGCGCAAAUUUUACAUCGCUCAGUGGUUCAGAGACUGCACUACGGAGACUGAGAAGGCCAUGAGGAAUCAGAAUCAAAAGGAGGAUGACUUGGAGGGCACGCAGCAUGCCAAAGAGCUCCAGGCCACCGGAGACAUCAUGCAGCGUGCAGAAACUCGCAAGAAAUUCCUCCACACCGUCAUUAAAUCAACUCCCAAUCAAUUUACUACUCUCAGGAUGAAUUCAGACACUGUGGACUAUGAGGACUCCUGCCUUAUUGUACGCUACUUGGCCUCCACCAGGCCGUUCUCUCAGAGCUUUGACAUCUACCUGACACAGAUUCUGAGAGUUUUAGGGGAGAGCGCCAUAGCUGUCAGGACCAAAGCCAUGAAGUGUCUGUCUGAGGUGGUGGCUGUUGACCCCAGUAUACUGGCCAGGUCUGAUAUGCAGCGUGGUGUUCACGGCCGGUUGAUGGAUAACUCCACCAGUGUAAGGGAAGCGGCGGUCGAGCUGCUGGGACGGUUUGUGUUGAGUCGACCUCAGCUGACCGAGCAGUACUAUGACAUGCUCAUCGAGAGGAUACUGGACACCGGUAUCAGUGUGAGGAAGAGGGUGAUCAAGAUUCUGAGAGACAUCUGUUUAGAGCAGCCCUACUUCAGUAAGGUCACGGAGAUGUGUGUGAAGAUGAUCCGCAGGGUCAAUGACGAGGAGGGCAUCAAGAAACUGGUGAAUGAAACAUUCCAAAAGCUGUGGUUUACGCCCACAGCCAGCCACGACAAAGAGACAAUGAAUAGGAAGAUUCUCAACAUCACUGAUGUGGUUGCUGCCUGUAAGGACACUGGCUAUGACUGGUUUGAGCAGCUCCUGCAGAAUCUAUUAAAGUCAGAGCAGGACUCGUCCUAUAAGCCAGCCAGGAAGGCCUGUGUUCAGUUGGUGGACAAUCUUGUGGAGUACAUCCUCAAAUACGAGGAGGCACUUGCAGAGCACAAGAGUGUGAACUCAACGCGGUUGGUCGCGUGCAUCACCACACUGUAUCUGUUCAGUAAGAUCAGAGCGCAGCUGAUGGUCAAGCAUACCAUGACUAUGCAGCCCUACCUCACCACCAAGUGCAGUUCUCAAAGUGACUUCAUGGUGAUUUGUAACGUUGCUAAGAUCCUGGAGCUUGUGGUUCCGCUGAUGGAUCACCCCAGCGAGAGCUUCCUGACCACCAUUGAGGAAGACCUGAUGAAGCUCAUCUUAAAAUAUGGGAUGACUGUUGUCCAGUACUGUGUGAGCUGUUUGGGUGCGAUAGUGAAUAAAGUGACUCGUAAUUAUAAGUUUGUAUGGGCCUGUUUUAACCGUUAUUAUGGGGCUCUGACUAAGCUAAAGCAACAGCAUCAGGAGGGUACGAACAGCAUGGCACUGGCUGCCACCAAAGCAGCUCUACUCAGAUCUCUCUUCACCGUGGGAGCUCUCUGCAGACACUUUGACUUCGACUUUGAGCAGUUCAAGGGCACCACUAAGGUUGUGAUAAAGGAAAAGGUUUUGGAAUCAUUACUGUACUUCACCAAUCACGAGGAUGAAGAAGUUAAAUGCAAAGCCAUCAUUGGGUUGGGCUCUAUAAAUUCUGUACCACCCUUAAAGAAAGCUUGUUGUGUUUUCAUCUUUUCAGGGCAGAAAUUGUCAAAGCAAGAGGAUCUGAAAGAGAUGGGUGACAUCUCAUCUGGUAUGAGCAGCUCCAUCAUGCAGCUCUAUUUGAAGCAGGUCCUGGAGUCUUUCUUCCAUACGCAGUCCAGUGUACGACACUUCGCCCUCAAUGUCAUCGCUCUGACCCUCAGCCAGGGACUCAUACACCCCGUACAGUGUGUGCCAUAUCUGAUCGCCAUGGGGACGGACCCAGAGCCCACAAUGAGGAACAAAGCAGACCAGCAGCUGGUGGAGAUUGAUAAGAAAUACACUGGAUUCAUCCAUAUGAAGGCUGUAGCAGGAAUGAAGAUGUCAUUCCAAGUGCAGCAGGCCAUCUUGGGAUCAGCGGGAUCUGUGAUCCGUGGUUUCCGUCAAGACGAGUCCCAUUCUGCUCAGUGUUCCCACCUCUAUAGCAUGAUCCGCACAAACAGACAACACCGACGAGCGUUCCUCAUCUCACUGCUCAAUCUCUUCGACGACAGCUCGAAGAUUGAGGUGAACAUGCUGUUGUUCAUCGCUGAUAAUCUGGCCUACUUCCCCUAUCAGUCUCAGGAGGAGCCGCUGUUCAUCAUGCAUCAUAUAGACAUCACGCUCUCUGUGUCAGGCAGCAACCUGCUGCAGACAUUUAAAGAGUCUCUCGUUAAGGUUCCGGGCAGGAAGAGCAGGAAAAGGAGACGACGACGGCGACGACGGCACCAACAGCACCAACAGCAACAGCAACAGCAGCAGAACGGUUCGGAGGAAGAGAGGGGAGAGCGGAACGAGGAAAGAGAAAGGAACAGUGGAGAUGAAGAGGAUGAUUAUGAGGAGGAUGAGGAGGGGCAGCGGGUGAGGAAGCCCAAGCCCACAGAGGGCACCAGGCAGUCGGAGUCAGAUUCUGAUUCUGACCUUGAGGAUGCUGAUGCUGUGAUGGAGCGUCUCCCUGAUGACACAACAUCUCUCCUGGACUUUGCUAGGGCAUCACAGGGCAUAUUGUUACUGCUAGUGCUCAAACAACACCUCAAGAACCUCUACGGCUUCUCAGACAGCAAAAUUCAGAAGUACUCUCCCACAGAGUCAGCGAAGGUGUACGAUAAAGCCGUCAACAGGAAGUCAUCGGUUAACUUCAGUCCACGGCAGACCAUCGACUUCCUUCACAAUGAUGAGGUUCACAAUGAUAUGACCUAUGAGCUGAAGAGGAAGAUCGUCAAACAGUACCUCGAUGCGUCUCGACGCGGGAGGCGCUCGGCAGACUCGGCGGACCUGUUGUUGACAAACAUGAACGAGUCCGUCAGUGCGCUCGACAUCAUCGCCAUCCACUGCCCCAAAUACAGAGACCGGCCACAGAUCGCGCGUGUGAUCCAGAGGAACGGUGACGGUUACAGAAUCCACUGGAUGGCGGGCUCGUACUCCAGCUCCUGGGCCGAGGCGAAGCGGCGGGACGGACGCAAGCUGGUGCCUUGGGUGGACUCCAUCAGAGAGACUGACAUCAUCUAUAAAAAAAUCAUACUCACCAGUGGCAACAAGCUCAACCAUAAAGUGGCGCAGACUCUACGAGUCGUUGCUCACGUUUUGUUUCCUUGUCUCUCUUCACAGGCGUCUCGACGCGGGAGGCGCUCGGCAGACUCGGCGGACCUGUUGUUGACAAACAUGAACGAGUCCGUCAGUGCGCUCGACAUCAUCGCCAUCCACUGCCCCAAAUACAGAGACCGGCCACAGAUCGCGCGUGUGAUCCAGAGGAACGGUGACGGUUACAGAAUCCACUGGAUGGCGGGCUCGUACUCCAGCUCCUGGGCCGAGGCGAAGCGGCGGGACGGACGCAAGCUGGUGCCUUGGGUGGACUCCAUCAGAGAGACUGACAUCAUCUAUAAAAAAAUCAUACUCACCAGUGGCAACAAGCUCAACCAUAAAGUGGCGCAGACUCUACGGUCACUCUACGCUUCCAAGGACAGGAAUUCCAGCUAAUAAUACGUAAAUGCUCGCACGCACGCACAUACCUCCCAUCUCAGAUCCUCUCAGCCUAAUGCAACACUCACACACACACACCGUCUCUCCAUAUGCCAUCAGCCAAACAUCUCCUGGGUCAGCCAACCACACACAAACACGAGCGGCUAUUCUACACUACAGACUCUUUCUCUUUCUGAUGCACUCUGGGUCUGGCGGUGACAUUUGACCCUCUGCGCCAGAGUGCAUCGUCGUAUCGCAGGAAUAAAAUGUUUGGAGAAACAUUGUAUGGGUGCUCCUUCGCUGUUGUGCAGCAGAUUUCUGGUUGUUUGAUUUCUACUCCCAGUGUAUCAUAGUUUAACAUAAAAAAAUAUUGUUUAUAUCUAUAAAAUAAAUUUAAAUAUAUACUGAAUGUUGAAAGAAUUAGUUUGUUGAUGUUUUUACUUUAUUUCUUCCUUUUUUUCCCCAUUUUCUUUUUGGAUUUCUUAGCGUCAAUCGGCUUUCUAUAGCUUAGCUCCUCCUUUACUGGCUGAUGAUGAUGAUUCUCUCUGUCGAGCUGUUUGUCCAUUUUGUACGAUAGCACCGUGUGGCUGUAAUUUAUUGUGUAUAGCAUGCAGUGUCUGUGAGGAGGGCUGUGUCGAAGGAGAUUUGCGAUUACAGGUCGCCCUGCUCAGCGUAAAGGGACCCACAUGCCUCUGAUGGAACAAAUACUGCAAUAAAUUUUCUACUUCUCUUACUUGCAAGACUCAUC